UGCCGGAGUGAUGCAGGCAUCUAGAAACAAAGCUGGGUCUUCCCCGAGGGCUCAGCCUGGGACAGCCCCGACGGCUUUUGGCUGCCGUAUGGAAGAUCACAGCAAGCACGUCCGGCCCGUCCCGCUCCCAGCCGUGCAGCAGAAUUUGAGCUAUGUGUACCCUCAGAUCUUCUGGGUGGACGGCAGUUCCAGCACCCCCGCGUCCUGCCCCCCAGCGCCCUCCGCCGCUCCUUUCCCACCGCCAGUACCUGACCGGAGGAGAAAGCCGAGGAACAGGGAAGGGAGGAGUGUCGGCUUCCUGGUGACCUCUUUGCUGAUCCUGCUGGCCCUCACUGGAGUGGGGCUGAGCAUGUUUCAGAUUUUCCACCUGGAGAAGGAGCUAGCUGAACUCAGAGAGUCUACCACCACUGAACACAUCCCUCCAGCUCUGGAGAAGCUCAUAGGGCAAAGGGAGCAGUUACUGAAAGCAGAGGGCAGGAAGGCAGCUCACUUAACAGGGAGCCCAGCCCAGCGGGACCUGCCCCUGGAGUGGGAGCCCACCUCGGGGCAUGCCUUCACCAGUGGGGUGCAGUACCACGCCCAGGGCCUGGCCAUCAACGAGUCUGGGCUCUACUUUGUGUACUCCAACGUGCUCUUCCGCCACAGCCUCUGCACCGCCCAGGUGCUGACCCACGUCGUCUACAGGAAGAUCCCAGCCUCCCCCGGCAGCCAGGUGCUGAUGGAGGACAAAAUCAUCAACUACUGCACGGGGCCCAGCAAGUGGGCCCGGAAGAGCUACCUGGGGGCUGUGUUUAAGCUGGGGAAGAUGGACAGCUUGCACGUCAAUGUCUCCAGAAUAGCUCUGGUCAGUUUCGAGGAGUCCAAGACGUUCUUCGGCAUCUUCAAGCUUUGAAUGGAGCUGUUGGAGCGUGGCUGGCAGCCCUUGCACGCUGGGACACGUCAAGAGCAAGUGCUGCCUGGAGGCCAGAGGCCAAGCCAGGGUCUCUCACCACAAAGCCCACCAGGAUGCUUUGGCCUGCAGCGUGAGAGGGUUCAACCUACUUGUAAGGGACUAGAAGCAGACCUCUGGGAACACUGGGGCUGUGCUGCAUCCUUCCUGAAGAGAAUCUACAUAACCCCCUCCCAGAACACCCCAC